AUGGAUACUGGUUCAAUCUAUGCAUUGAUUUUGGCUCUCGUUAUGAGCUCAAUAAGUGAAAUAACAGCAAAACCUUCUAAUCCUCGUUUCAUUUUCAUGUCUCCAGAAUCUGAUCCAUUUGUUGAUCGUUACAUGAAAACAAUCAGUCGUAUGAGCACAAAAGAAAUAAUGAAUUUGCCUAAAUUAAGUGAUGUUGAAUUUUUGGAUCAACUUGAACGUGGAUAUGAUUUCAUUCCAGUGUCCACGAAGAGUCUCAAUUCUAUAAAUUUAUUCGAUUCAACUAUCGACGAGCCAAUAGAAUAUCAACCAGAUUUAGAAAAUGAAUGGGAAGAUCUAAUGGACGCUGGACCAGCCAGUAUUAAUUUAUUAGGUUCUGUGAUGGCUAUUGCAAGUAGAAAAGACUUUCCACUCAAAACAGAUUUUAACUAUACACUUGUUAAAUAUCCUGAAUCUUUUCAAGCUACUCUUAUGCAAGUUUCUCACGAUAUGUACAGAGCAUUAUAUGGCGCUCAUACAAGUAUGGAAAGUAUUCAGGUUAGUAUGCGGCAGAUUCCGACACUCUUGAAAACCGCUAUUAAACUCAUUACUCAAGCGUCAACGGUAUUGAACAAGGCACUAUUACCUCGAACUUUAGCAAACAUUGGCCGAUAUGCUAAUGAAAGUGCUGCUGUUGCUCGAGCUUCGCUUGAGCGAUUUGAAUAUCUUCAAGUUUUGCUACAUGAAGUUCUUGAAGUGACCACUUUAACCAAUAGUGAUAAUAAAGAAACAGCUGAGAAAUUAGCAGCAGAAGCUGAAGAUAUAAGAAAAGAAAAAAAGGAAAUGGAUAAUGUUAUUGCUGACAUAACAGCCCAAUACGAAACUGCACGAAAAAAUUUAGAAAAGACUCGACAAGAUUAUCAUAAUGCUAUGAAGAAUGUACCAGGUGAUGGUUGGGAUUCCCAUGCGUGGAAUGUUUAUGCUUCUCAGCGUCCUGCAGAGACCUGCAAGCGGAAUUGGUAUGGACGACGUCGUUGUAGAUCUCUGCGGGAUCAACAAUUUGCUGAUUAUAGUGCAGAAGCACAGCAAAAGGCUCAGCAAGCCCUGAAUAUUCUUAAAGAAGCAGAGAAAAACAGUAAAAAUAUUUAUAAUCAGCAAAUGAAUAAACAAAAUGAAUUGGAGUCUGUCAUUAAUAAUUUAACAACAAUUAAUUUACAUGAAUUAUCUAUCAAUGAAACAAUUAAGAUUUUGCUUGAUGCUACAAAAAAUAUUGCACUACUUCAAGGUCAAUGGAGUCGUCUUAGUCGAUUUUUCAGUACUCUUACUAUUAAUACAGAACAUACACAAAAAAAAGAAUUAAAAUUAAGCGAGAAAGCUGAUUUAAAAGAUAUGUGA